AUGACCAUGGCUUUGGCAGAAGAAUUCCAGUCAUUUCUAGACGCAAGCAUGGCAAGCCCGCGUGAGAACAAGUCUGUAAUAACACCCACCAUAACUCAUAUGGUGGUGGAUGAAGUUGGACAGUGCCAGCACAACGCUAUUCUUUCCACAAUCUGCCAGUACAGGAAUCUUCGAAAACUUUUGCUUACUGGCGACUACCUGCAGUUACAGGUUUAUACCCCAAGUCAGCCACAAGUAGUAAGGAAUAAGUGGGCCAUGAACUCAAUAAUUGGGAUCGUGCAAGACUACGCAGGUAUUAGUAAUAAUAGACUCGUAGUAUCUUUCAGGUCACAUCCCAGUAUUGUGCGAUGCCUAGAAGCCAGUGUCUAUAGACCAGCAGGAGAGCAAUUCCGCGCGGGACUUACAGAAGCGCAGAGGAAUUUACUCACAGACGAAAUUGGUAUAAACCUUCCUGUUCAGACCUGUCCCAUUGUACUCAUACAUCAAAACACCAUGACCAUGCAGGAUGCGACACUGAAACGGCCAUGGCCUUAAUCGACAUAUUAAGCCAGCCACUACUCGCCAGGCGUAAGAGAAUCUUAGUAAUUUGCUUCUAUAUGGCUCAAAUGGAUGUGAUAAAAGAACAAUUGGAGGCAAGGCAAGUCAGGAAUGUAAGCUGCUCUACAGUAGACAGCAUACAAAGUCAGGAGGCGGAUAUAGUAUUGCUUAUCACAACAAAGACUCGAACUGGUAGCGCCAAAAAAGUAGAGGAAGAAACGGCAACAUUCUGGACUGACCCCCAACGCUCAAAUGUCGCGCUCUCUAGGGCAAGGUUUGGUUUAUUUAUUAUAGGUGAUCUCACGAUUCUGUGCAAACAUGGAGCUGUCUGGUCGCGUUUCAUUCAUGAAGCUAGAAGCCAAACAGUUGUUGUCGUGCCGGAAUACGUAAGAUUAAUGCUAAGUGGAAAUACUCAAAGGGUAGAUGGGGUUUUAACAGACUUUCAGGGCAGGAUGC